ACAAUUGAUAGGUGUGUAUAUGUAAUCCGUUGUUUCGUGUGCUAGUGCUCGGAACAAAGUAGAAAUAAUUCGAUUUUUAUAACUUCAAAUAAGAUUACCAUAAUUCUAAGAAAAAUAAAUAAAUAAAUAACAUUCGUGUAAUAUAGAUUAACGUUACUUUCGGUUUAAUAAUAAUAAACAAAGUUUCUAUUGGCUCUUUUCAAUUUUACAUGCCUUAUUUUUCAUUUGAUGAAAGUAGUGAGCAGUUGACGAAUGAAAUAAUUUGUCUAAGGGAGUCUCUUCUCCUUCAUAAUUUCGCAAUUCACUUUGACUCCACAUUUUGCGAAGCUUCCAAACGUAUUAUCGAAUGCGAGGGCUUCGUCAUUUGGUUUUUGUUGUUGCUUUUCAUAUAUAUAUUUUGAGUUUUCUGCAUAUGGCAAUAAGAAAAAAUUUAAAUAAGUGAACUUAGAUAUAAAACUAAAUAUAUGAGGGAAUCCAAUAUAAAAAAAAUUGCAUCUGUAUAAAUUAUUGUGAAGUCGGUGCUAUAAUUGUGAUUUUAAACUUAAAUUCAUACGUAACAAAUUCAAUACAUAAUGUCAGCUGAAAGAGAAAUACCUGCUGAGGAUAGCAUUAAAGUAGUAUGUCGUUUCCGGCCUCUAAAUGACAGUGAGGAGAAGGCCGGUUCUAAGUUUGUUGUUAAAUUUCCUAAUAACAAUGAGGAAAAUUGCAUUUCAAUUGCGGGGAAAGUGUACUUAUUUGAUAAAGUAUUCAAACCGAAUGCAUCUCAAGAAAAAGUUUAUAAUGAAGCCGCCAAAUCAAUUGUCACUGAUGUGCUUGCCGGCUACAAUGGUACAAUUUUUGCUUAUGGACAGACUUCAUCAGGCAAAACGCAUACAAUGGAAGGCGUUAUAGGUGAUCCCGUGAAACAGGGCAUCAUACCACGGAUCGUCAAUGAUAUAUUCAAUCACAUAUACACUAUGGAAGUGAAUUUAGAAUUUCAUAUAAAAGUUUCAUAUUAUGAAAUUUAUAUGGAUAAGAUUCGGGAUUUACUGGAUGUAUCAAAAGUAAAUUUAAGCGUGCAUGAGGACAAGAAUCGUGUACCUUUUGUUAAAGGUGCAACAGAACGUUUCGUGUCUUCACCUGAAGAUGUUUUCGAAGUAAUCGAAGAGGGUAAAUCUAAUCGACAUAUUGCUGUAACAAACAUGAACGAGCAUUCGUCACGAUCACAUUCAGUAUUUCUCAUAAACGUGAAACAAGAAAAUUUAGAAAAUCAAAAAAAACUCUCUGGUAAGCUAUAUCUUGUCGAUUUGGCCGGUUCGGAAAAAGUUUCAAAAACUGGUGCAGAAGGUACUGUUUUGGAUGAAGCUAAAAAUAUUAACAAAUCAUUAUCUGCUUUGGGAAAUGUCAUUUCCGCACUUGCUGAUGGCAAUAAAACGCACAUACCCUAUCGUGAUUCAAAAUUAACACGUAUUUUACAGGAAUCAUUGGGUGGUAAUGCGCGUACAACAAUUGUUAUUUGUUGUUCACCCGCUAGCUUUAACGAAGCGGAAACGAAAUCCACAUUAGAUUUCGGACGACGUGCUAAAACCGUUAAAAAUGUUGUUUGCGUUAAUGAAGAACUUACAGCAGAAGAAUGGAAACGUCGUUAUGAAAAGGAGAAAGAGAAAAAUGCUCGUCUUAAAGGCAAAGUGGAAAAACUUGAAUUGGAGUUGGCGCGCUGGCGUGCUGGUGAAACAGUCAAUGCUGAAGAACAGAUAAAUAUGGAUGAUCUCAUGGAGGCAAGUACUCCUAAUUUAGAAGUGGAGACUACAAAGGGAGCUGGACCAGUACCUGCUACACCAGCUGCUGGUUUAAUGGUAGGCUCAAUAAGUACGGAAGAGCGGGCACGUCUAGAAGCUGAACGUGAGCGUCUUUAUCAGCAGUUGGAUGAAAAAGAUGAAGAAAUCAAUCAACAAAGUCAGUACGUUGAAAAUCUUAAAGAUCAAAUCUUAGAGCAAGAAGAAUUAAUAGCAAAUGCCCGCCGUGAAUAUGAAGCUUUACAAUCAGAAAUGGCGCGAAUACAACAAGAAAAUGAAUCAGCAAAGGAAGAGGUGAAAGAAGUCUUACAAGCACUUGAGGAAUUGGCUGUUAAUUAUGACCAAAAGUCUCAAGAGAUCGAUACUAAGAAUAAGGAUAUAGAUUCUCUUAAUGAAGAAGUACAGCAAAAACAAACAAUAUUGAAUACAACUACAUCCGAACUGCAACAAUUGAAAGAUAUGUCAUCGCACCAGAAAAAGCGUAUUAACGAAAUGCUCGGGAAUCUUUUGCGUGAUCUUAGUGAAGUUGGACAAGCACUAUCAACGAAUGAUUCUGGCAUCGAUAUGAAAAUGAAUACUGUUACAGCUGGAGAUGCAACAAAAAUUGAAGAAGAUUUUACAAUGGCUAGGCUGUAUAUAAGCAAAAUGAAAACAGAAGCGAAAAAUAUGUCGCAACGUUGCAGUAAUUUAGAAACUCAACAGAUUGAUUCAAACAAAAAAUUAACUGAAUACGAGAAAGACCUUGGAGAAUUCCGUUUGUUAAUUUCGCAGCACGAAGCUCGUAUGAAAUCUUUACAAGAAUCUAUGAGGGAAGCGGAAAAUAAGAAACGUGCAUUAGAAGAACAAAUCGAUUCAUUACGUGAAGAGUGUGCAAAAUUAAAGGCUGCCGAACAUGUAUCUGCUGUAAAUGCUGAAGAGAAACAAAAAGCAGAGGAGUUGCGUUCAAUGUUCGAUUCACAAAUGGAUGAACUACGAGAAGCACACACUAAACAAUUGUCUGAGUUGCGCGAUGAAAUUCUAUCUAAGCAACAUGAAAUGAACGAAAUGAAAGAUAUAUAUCAGAAAUUAAUACUGGCCCAUCAACAAAUGGCUGCCGAUUAUGAGAAACUUAAACAAGACGAAGCAGAAAAAUCUAACAAACUACAAGAUAUUAUUCUUACUAAUGAAAGACGCGAACAGGCACGCAAGGACUUGAAGGGUUUAGAGGAUACGGUAGCAAAGGAAUUGCAAACCCUGCAUAAUUUAAGAAAACUUUUCGUACAAGACUUACAAGCGCGAAUUAAGAAAACAGUCAAUAGUGAAGAUAAUGAAGAGGAUGGAGGUUCCUUAGCUCAGAAGCAAAAAAUAUCUUUCCUCGAAAACAAUCUCGAACAAUUAACAAAGGUGCACAAGCAGUUGGUGCGUGAUAAUGCAGACCUACGUUGUGAAUUACCGAAAUUGGAGAAACGUCUGCGUACUACAAUGGAACGUGUUAAAGCUUUAGAAACUGCGCUAAAAGAAGCCAAAGAAGGUGCAAUGCGUGAUCGUAAACGUUAUCAAUAUGAAGUGGAUCGCAUUAAAGAAGCAGUCCGACAAAAACAUCUUGGACGACGUGGCCCACAGGCACAAAUUGCUAAGCCAAUUCGCGCUGGUCAAGGAGCAAUCGCAAUACGAGGUGGUGGCGCCAAUGCUUUGGCCGGACAAAUGCCGCAAGCAAAUGCUGUUAGUUCAUAAAUAUAACCAUAAGUUAUUUUAUUUUAAUGUGUUAUCUUUAAAAUUUAUGUUUCCAUUUUUAAUUUGUCUUCUUUUAACGAAUCGGAAAAUAAGAAACAUUUUAAGUAAAUUUGCACGCAUGUUGAAUUAAAUAUCAAUGUAUGAGUUAAGGUAUAAAAUUGAUUAGCACUGUAUUUAUUUUUUAGUUUAAUUUCUUAAAAGUUUUAUUAAGUUAAAUUUUUGUCCAGUAAUCGAA